GGGCCGCCCGCGCCUGCCCUGAGAGGAGCCGGGGCCAGAGAACCGGCAUGGGUGCAGCCGCCAGCACGCUGAGCUUCGUCCUCCUUCUCCUGGAUGUUGGAGGAGCUCAAGUAUUGGCAACGGGCAAGUCUGCCGAGGCCGAAAUCGGAGAUGUCAAAUACGCCAUCAUCGGGACGGCGCUCGGGGUCGUCAUAUCGGCUGGCUCCCUGGCCCUGAAGAUCUGCAUGAUCAAGAAGCACUUGUUUGAUCACGACUCCUCGGACUUCAGAAACACAAACGCAGGAGCCAACGAUACUGUCGCCCUCCAGAGGAGACCACCAAGGUCCAGCUCCGGAAGAGCCUCGCAAGUGAUUGAAGUCUGAGUGAGCGGCCACGUCAGGAGGGGUUCGGCAGUCUAGACGACUGGCCACUGCAGUUUGGGGGACGUCUUGAACUUGAAUGUCCAAAGCCGGUGAUGGAACUUCCCACGGAACACAAUAUCCAGGGAAAAUAACGGAAUGAACAGAAUCCACAGUGCCUCCGUCCUGAAGGAAAAUAUCACUUCUCUUCUGCAAGCACUUUGCUACAUAGAGGGAGUGUGGGCACUUGACCGGCGUGAGAAAGGAUGGAAGACUCAGCCCUCACUGUCUGUCCUGGUUCCCACGUGAGCGCUGUCCCGGCUUCUGCGAUGGCAUCGCCUCCGUGCCGAGGGAGCCUGCCCUCAGCAAGGGCUCGUGGGGAGAGAGCCAAACUCAAGGCACAGGCUCUUCGGCACCACCGUCUGAUCGGCAGGUAAGCAGCCUUCUGCAGAACUGCUGGCCUCACCCUCUCGGCCACCAGAGGAAUCCCUCGUGCACAUUCAGGGGCCCUGAUACACGGAGACCAGGGGCAGGCUCUAGUCCGACAGAUGAAACACUGAUCUCCCCAAGAAGAGAAGGCAGGCUGGGCUGCAGCAAGAGGAGGGUCUGACGGCCAUGGGCUGAGCCUGCAGCUCUUAAAAUGACGGGCCCACGAAGGAUGACGUGAAAAAGCAGAGGCUGUGCCUUGGAGAACACUGUGCAAAUGUAAGCGAUCAUUGUUAUGCUUAUAGAAUUAUUUCAUGGUUAUUGUUACAUAUUACAAUUAUUACGUGGCUAUAAUGUGCAUACCUUAUUACGGAGAGGCUUAGGAAACAUCUUUUUACUAUUCUCAUCAACCUAAGGUUCUGUGGUACAGCUCCGGUUAUCAUUUUUCUGCCCGGUAAUAUUGACUGUGUAUUUCUGGGACUGCAUUUGGAGUCGCCUUUGCCUUUCCGUUCAACAGCAAUUCCGAUUCUUAUCCAGACGGCUUCUCCUUGGAUUAGGUCGCUCUCCUUGUGCGUGACGAGAGAGAGCUAUCUUACAAAACGAAGAGCUGUGUUAUGAUAAUUUGCCGGGAGUCCCAGGGCAUCUUUCAUCUGACUUGAUAACAAUGUACUUCAUUAGCAGCCUUUGUUAACUGAUAACCUAAAGCAGCAAUGCGAUGCUCACAAGCAAUUUUCUGUGUGUAAGAUAGAAUAAACCAUCAUGUAAGCUAUCUGUUCAUUGAUUUGUUUCCUUUGGCAGCAUUUUAAUUAAGACAUCUGCUCUGUGAAUGGCAGAGACACCUGUGAACGGAAGGGAUGCCUCUGGAUCCUCAGUAGUCGUUUCGUUUUCUGUAGCCUCCACAGAACCGUGGGGGUCCCUCCCCAUCCCACAUCAUGACAUGUCU